CCCUGGAGGUUUCUUGUGCCUGUGUUUCCAUGUGCGGCAUGAACCUGAGGGCAUCAUGUUAUGAGGAGAUGGGAGCUACGAUGACUCGCAGGAUCGGGAAUUUCAACCUAGAGAACCGAGUGAAACGGGAAAUCAGCAAGAUGAAGCCCUCUCCUGCUCCCAGGCACCCCUCUACCAACAGCCUCCUGCGAGAGCAGAUUAGUCUAUAUCCAGAAAUUAAGGGAGAGAUUGCUCAUAAAGAUGACAAGCUGCUAUCAUUUCUAAAAGAUGUGUAUAUUGAUUCCAAAGACCCUGUGUCUUCCGUGCAGGUAAAAACUGAUGAAACACAUCAAGAGACAAAGGAAUUCAGAUUGCCUUUCGGCCAAGACUUUGAUAUGAUAAAUAUUAAGAGCAUUCCCAAAGGCAAAAUUUCCACUGUAGAAGCACUGACACUUCUCAAUAAUCAUAAAGUUUAUCCAGAAAUAUGGACUGCUGAGAAAAUAGCCCAAGAAUACCAUUUAGAACAGAAAGAUGUGAAUUUCCUUCUUAAAUAUUUUGUUACUUUUGAAGUCAAAAUCUUCCCUCUUGAAGACAAGAAAGCAAUAUAA